AUGGAGUACGAAAAGCUGGGAACGCAAUCUGAAGAAGGACCCACAAUCUGUAGUAGACUUACGUUUGGCUUUUUAUCGAGUGUUAUCGAAACAGGAAAUAAGCGACCUCUAGAAGGGAACGAUAUUCCUUCCUUAGAUGUUGAAAGCACCAAGUCUUUGACUGAAAAACUGGAAUUAGAAUGGCAAAAAGAAAUCGAAAUUGGAAGAGUCCAAAGUUCUGAACCUCGUUUGAGAAAUGCAUUCAUACGAGCCGUCGACAAAUACUUAAUGGCUCUGAUUGUACUACUAACAAAUUUAGAGAUAUUUUGCACGAUGAUUCAACCUGUUCUACUGAGCUUUCUCCUGACCGAGAUGUCCUCUAAUUCCCCAAUCAAUGUGGAAAUGUUGCUUGUUUAUUCAACACUUCUUUGUGUGAGCUGUUUUAUUCAAACGAUUGUUACUCAGCAAGGUAGUUAUGCCAUGUUUCUAAUGGCGGUUCACGUUAAAGCUUCCUUGACUGGUAUAGUUUACAAGAAGAUUCUGAACACACGCCAUCGUAUUCUAGCUGAAAGAACUUCAGGGUAUUUGAUAAACUUGAUUUCUAACGACAUGGUCCCAAUCCAUCAAGCUUUUUCUAACCUUAGAUCGCUAUCUGCACCCUUGGAGGUACAGUCCUCCAUUCCUAAAACGACCUUAGAGCUCAGUGUUGUGUACAAGAAAGGAGUCAUUUUAGCUGGUUACCUCUCAGCGUAUUCCUGUUACCCAAUAGUGUCCAGUUUUGUUUCUUUGUUUCCGUUUCUCAUGGCUGGGAAUCACCUUACAGCUCAAAAUGUCUUCACUACUUUGGCCCUCCUGGGUGCACUCCAAAAACCAGUGACUGUUCUGUUUUCGUAUGAGUUUCGCGCUCUUUUUCAAGCAUCUACGACACUUGAACGAGUAGAGUCGUUUCUUCUGGACGUUGACUGCGAUGAGUCGUUAUCUUCCACACAAAAAUGGAAUCCAUCUCAAUCAAAAGACUAUUCCCAGAGUUUUGACGCAAGUCUUAAGGGCAAAACGCAAAUGAACGAAUAUCUGUUUUCAGCGGUGGAACCAGCUUUUCUGACGAAUCACGUUUGUAAUAAAGGCAAACCGUUCCUUUGUUUAAACGCAGUGAAACUCCGUCCAUGGGACGACUCUUUCAAUUUAAGUGUAUGCAUUUCCGACUUUCAGUUAAUCGGAAUCACAGGCCCAGUGGGUUGCGGGAAAUCAACAUUAUUUGACUUUAUCCUCGGAGAAAUACCAUCAGGUCAAAUUACCCACCAUGGAAAAAUUGCUUACGUCUGCCAGACACCGUGGGUGUUUUCGGGAACAAUCCGCGAAAACAUGAUUUUUGGCAGGGAGUUCAACCACGAUAAAUUUGAAAAAGCUGUCGACGCAUGUUCGCUGAAGGAAGAUCUGAAGUAUCUUGCCUGUGGUGAUCUGACUUAUGUCGGAGAACGCGGGGUAAGUUUGAGUGGCGGUCAGCGUGCACGACUAAACUUGGCACGCGCAGUGUAUUCUGAUGCCGACAUUUAUCUUCUUGAUGAUCCUCUUAGCUCUGUUGACGUGAAAGUUUCAAAAGAAAUUUUCCAGCGAUGUAUCUGUGGCGCUUUGUCUGAUCGUAUCCGGCUGAUGAUUACCCAUCAAGCUUAUUUCCUUGCAAAGACAGAUCUGGUUCUCUUGAUGGACAAGGAAAGCAAGUUGACCAAAGGUACAUAUAAAGAACUUUGUGAAUUGGAGGAAUCCUCUGAGUUUUCUGCAACAGCAUCCUUUAAUAAAGCAAACGAAGGAGGCUUUUCUAGUAAUCUGAUGCCAUACGGAGCUCUGAUGAGUAAUAAUGAUAACUCCUUAUGUUUGGAAAUGGAGGAAGAAGAUCGCCUCACUGGUUCCGUCUCCUAUGUAACUUACUGGAG